UAAAAACAAGAGGCCGGGUAUGGUGGCUUACACCUGUAAUCUCAGUAGUUUGGGAGGCUGAGGCAGGCCAAUCACCUGAGGUCAGGAGUUUGAGACCAGCAUGGCCAACAUGGAGAAACCCUGUCUCUACUAAAAAUACAAAAUUAGCCAGGCGUAGUGGCACAUGCCUGUAAUCCCAGCUAUUUGGGAGGCUGAAGCAGGAGAAUCUCUUGAACCCGGGAGAUGGAGAUUGUAGUGAGCUGAGAUCACACAUUGCACUCCAGCCUGGGCAACAAGAGUGAAACUCCAUCUCAAAAAACAAAAAAAAAAAACCAAGGCUAGGUGCAGUGGCUCACACCUGUAAUCCCAGCACUUUGAAAGGCCUAGGCAGGUGGAUCACCUGAGGUCAGGAGUUUGAGACCAGCCUGGUCAACAUGGUGAAAACCCUUCACAACUAAAUACGAAUGCAAAAUCAGGUCCUCUGAUCCCAUGUCCUCAGUCUGUCUUCAUGCUGCUCCUCCACCCCAAGCCUCUGAUUUAUCUCAUUUACUGUAGAGCAGAUGCAGACAGAAACAGAGCUGUGGAGAUGCAAUGAGAGAUACAGUUGGGCAUAGUGGUGGGCACCUGUAGUACCAGCUACUCAGGAGGCUGAGGUAGGAGAAUCCUUUGAAGCUGGGAAGCAGAGAUUCACUGCUCUCCAGCCUGGGCGACAGAGUGAGACCUUGUCUCAAAAUAAUAAAUAAAUAAAUAAAUAAUGAAAACAAAGGGAUACACAGAAACUUGGAGGUGUCAAAGCUGUUUAUAACCUUGAUUGUGGUAAUGGUAACAUGAAUGUAGCUUAUUUCCAAACUCACCAAAUUGUAUGUAUUAAUUUUGUGCAGUUUUUUUGUAUACUAAUUAUACUUCAAUGAGGCUGAAACAAAAAAAGUUGCGCAAGGCUGUGUUGGAGCAGGACACUCUGCAGUCACGUAAGAAUGGUGAAAGAAGAUGUGCAAUAAAAGAGCAGCUUCAUUUUUUUUAAGUCUACUCUGCUUUUCCUCUGCAUUUCCAGUUUAAAGUAUGAAACCUCGGUGUCAUCCUUGAUUUUUCCCUCUCUCACAUCCGUCUCUAUAACCCAUCAGACAUCAAGUCUUGUAAAUUCUACCUCCUAACUCUGUGUCUAUCCUCACUGCCAUUCUCUUAGUCAGGUCCUCUGAUUCCAUGUCCUCCAUCUGCCUUCAUGCUUCUCCCCAAUCCCAGGCCUCUGGUCUGUCUUGAUUCCUGUAGAGCAGAUACAGACAGAAAGAGAGCUGUAGAGACACAAUGAGAGAGACAGCUCACCUGGUGAGCUUUUGCUGCAUAAUCAUUUUGCCAUGUGCCACAAAAUCUUAGUGGCAAACACACAUUUACUUCCAUGCUCGAAGUCUUCAGGUUGAUGCUGAUUGGCUCAUCUAAACUGGACUUGCUCGGGCAGCUCUGCUCAGGCUGCCCGUCUGGCUCAGCAGGGCUCUUCCUUGCUCUGGGCUGGGCCUGGGUCUGUUCCUCACCUGUUCAUUCUGGUGGUCCAGACUAAAGAAGACCAAAGAAAACGCUCUCGGUUUCCUUCCCCCAAAAGCAGACCCGGAGACAAGUCCAUGGGUGCAGUGAGCUUCAUUGUAAAGCGAUCCCAAGAAAUACAAGUGAGGGGGUGGCAAAGUCAGACAAAGAAGAGAAAAACAGCCAAUAAAAAGCCUGUUACCAUUGUGAUCAACUAGUCCCACUGGCAGCCCUCUAAGGGACAGGAAGUCUGACUUCCAGAUCUCAUUGGUUGAAGGCUGUCCUUGGGAACAUUAAAUUCCCUACACUUUCGGCCUUCCCUGUGCUUGCAGAAAACAGGCUCCCAGGGUGAUGGAGAAUGCCUCAGACACAGAAAAAUGUGAGCCCUAAAAGUGGGAGGCUGACAGCCUGCAUGAGAACUACCCACUGCACCUGCAUGUGGGCUUGAAGAUGGGCUCCGGGUAUAUGGACUGAGGAAUCCACAGUGUCAGGUACACUCUCUUUGCAUCCAUAGAUCAACUCUCAGGAAGACUCUGAUUGGCCUUCUUGGGUCCUGUGUCCAUCCAUGAACCAAUCACCAUGGCCAAGACCUUAGGGCAUCAGUUCUGGGGCAUGUGUUCCCCUCUUGGAGUGCAUAGAGUGAGAAAAGCCCCACCUGAGCCCAUGACUGGAGUCUACACAGGAAAGUGAGGAACUAGUACAGUAGCUCAAGCCUCCUUGGUGGACUUCAAGAGACCACAGACAAAAGCUCAAGUUUUUUUUUUUUUUUUUUUUUUUUCUGAGACUGAGUCUCGCUCUGUCGCCUAGGCUAGAGUGCAAUGGCGCAAUAUCAGCUCACUGCAACCUCUGCCUCCCGGGUUCAAGUGAUUCUCCCACCUCAGCCUCUGGAGUAGCUGGGAUUACAGGUGAGCACUACCACACCUGGCUAAUUUUUUUGUAUUUGUAGUAGAGACAGGGUUUCACCAUGUUGGCCAGGUUGGUCUUGAACUUCUGACCUCAAGUGAUCCACCUGCUUCAGCCUCCCAAAGUGCUGGGAUUACAGGUGUGAGCCACUACGCCCAGCCUCCAGUCAUUUUUUUUGGCUGCCACAUACCCUGCCCAAUAGCCUUCCAUCCUGGAAUGGGUUAGAUCUCUCAUGCUUUACAUCCCACUGUGAUGCCAUUUUCUUCCUCUUCCUUAUUCUGUUCCUGCUCCUGCUUCUUUUUUUUGAGACAGAGUCUCAGUUUGUUGCCAGGUGCCAGGCUGGAGUGCAGUGGCACAAUCUUGGCUCACUGCAACCUCCGCCUCCAGGGUUCAAGCAAUUCCCCUUCCUCAGCCUCCCGAGUAGCUGGGACUACAGGCACAUGCCACCAUGCCCAGCUAAUUUUUGUAUUUUUAGUAUAGACAAGGUUUCACCAUGUUGGUCAGGAUGGUCUCAAUCUCUUGACCUCGUGAUCCGCCUGCCUCGGCCUCCCAAAGUGCUGGGAUUAUAGGCUUGAGCCACUGCACCCGGCCCUGCUUCUACUUCUUUGAGAUGGAGUCUUGCUCCAUCACCCAGGCUAGAGUGGUGUAGCCCAAUCUCAGCUCACUGUAACCUCUGCCUCCCAGGUUCAACUGAUUUUCCUGUCUUUGCCUCCCAAGUAGCUGGGAUUACAGGUGAGUGCCACUGCGCCCAGCUCAUUUUUUGUAUUUUUAGUAGAGCCAGCGUUUCAACAUUUUAGCCAGGCUGGUCUCAAAUUCCUGACCUCAGAUGAUCUACUGCCUCGGCUUCCAAAAGUGCUGGAUUACAGACAUGAGCCCCCAUGCUCAGACAGUUUUUAUUUUUUUAAUGAGACAAGCUGAUCUCAAACUCCUGGGCUCAAGUGAUCAUCCUGCCUCAGCCUCCCAAGUAGCUGAGAUUAUAGGCAUACGCCACCAUGCCCAGCUGAUGCUGUUCUGUAUAUACUGUGUGCUUCCUCUGGUUAGCUCCUCAUUUAAAUAGCACUCCUGCUACCAAUUUGUUUUAGUUUGGUUCCUUUUACUACUUGAAAUUAUACACUUCUCUUUUUUUUUUGAAAUGGAGUCUCACUGUGUCACCAAGGCUGGAGUGCAGUGGCACAAUUUCAGCUCACUGCAACCUCCGCCUCCCAUGUUCAAGCAAUUCUCUGCUUCAGCCUCCCAAAUAGCUGGGAUUACAGGUGCCUGUCACCACACCCAGCUAAUUUUUCUAUUUUCAGUAGUGGCAAAAGUCAGACAGAGAAGGGAAAAAGAGUGGCAAAGUCAGAGAAGAGAAAAGCAGCCAAUAAAAAGCCUGUUACCACUGUGAUCAACUAGUCCCACUGGGGACCCUCUAAGGAACAGGAAGUCUGAUGUCCAGCCCUCAUUUUAGUAGAGACAGUUUCACCUUGUUGGCCAGGCUGGUCUUGAACUCCUGACCUCAUGAUCCACCAGCCUCAGCCUCCCAAAGUACUGGGAUUAUAGGCAUGAGCCACCGCACCCUGCUCAGGGAAGUGGGUUUUCAUAGCUCACUGCAGCCUCAACCUCCUGGUCUCAAGCAAUCCUCCUAACUUCAGCCUGCAGAGUUGUUGGGACUACAGGUAUGUACCACCACACACAUAUUGCCCAGGCUGGUUUCAAACUCCUGGGCUCAAUUAAUCCUCCAGCCUCAGUCUCCGAAAGUGCUGGGAUUAUAGGCUGGAGCCACCAUGCCUGGCUGUAGUUGUUCAUAAUUAUAUCCUUAGCGCCUGACAUGCUACAGAUGCUAAAAUAAUGAUAAUUGUUGAGUAAAUGAGUAAGAAGCUUUUGAGGGGGAGAAGAUAAUGAGCUCCAUUUUGGACAUGUGGAAUUUAGUAAAAACUAUGGCUAACCCCAUUGCCCAGAGACGCUCAUACCUCAAAUUUAAAUUGUAUAUUAGCAAUUACAGAAUCGUAAGUUUGAAGAUUCAUAAAUUAUAGACAUAUAGGAUCUCAGGGUCUCAGAGUCACUGAGUUAACCAAACUCAGGUUUCCCAGAGCCAGAGUGGAGGAUAAAGCACUGACAUUUAACCUAAAUGAGACUGGGGGCAGAGGCAUAACCACCCUGAUAUUUAUGUAACGUUUGUGUGAAGGUGCAUAUAAUCAUUUUCUGAAGUGGGGGUUUCAGCUUUUUAUUUAUUUUUAUUUUUUUGAUACGGAGUUUCGCUCUUGUUGCCCAAGCUGGAGUGCAGUGGCACGAUCUCGGCUCACUGCAACCUCUGCCUCCUGGGUUCAAGUGAUUCUCCUGCCUCAGCCUCCCGAGUAGCUGGAAUUCCAGGCAUGCGCCACCAUGCCCGGCUAAUUUUUGUAUUUUUAGUAGAGACAGGGUUUCACCAUGUUGACCAGGAUGGUCUUGAUCUCUUGACCUUGUGAUCCACCUGCCUCGGCCUCCCACAGUGCUGGGAUUACAGGCGUAAGCCACCGCGCCUGGUUUCAGCUUUUAUCAGAUUCGAAAAGAUAAAGAAUCACUCACUAUAUUAACAUUUGUGUUCAGAAAGAAAACAGAGUCUGGGAGCUAUGGUUCAUGCCUGUAAUCCCAACACUUUGGGAGGCCAAGGAGGGUGGAUCCCUUGAGCCCAGCAACUCAAGAUCAGCCUGGGCAACAUGGCUAAGCUCCAUCUCUACAAAAAAAUAUAAAAAUAAGCCAGACAUCAUGGUGUGUGCCUAUAGUCUCCGCUACUCGGGAGGCUGAGGCUGGACGAUGGAUUGAGCUCAAGAGGUUAAGGCUGCAGUGAGCUAUGACUGUGCCACUGCACUCCAGCCUGGGCAAUAGAGCAAGACGCUGUCUCAAACAAACAAAAACUAGAUACCAUUGUUCCUGCCAGUUAAAUGGAAAUUAAAAAGAGAUCAAUCAUAUUCAGCACUGGCAAAGAUGUGGAAUAAAGGGCACUCUCAUCCAUUGUUGGUGGGGUGGCAGUUUCUAUCAAAAUAAAAAAUAUUCAUAUUCUUUAAAUCUCAUUUUACUUCUCAAAAUCUUUUCUAUGAAAACACGCACACAAGUAGACAAGAAUUUAUAUACCUGAAUAUUCACUGUAGUAUUGUGUAUAAUAUUUUAAAAUUAGGAAGAAAACCUAAGUGUUCAUAAGUUAUGAAAUGGUUUAUGGUUUACACCAUGAGAUAUACUAAGCUGCCAUAAUAUGAGCAAAGGAGAUAUUUAUGUACUGAUAUGGAAGAAAGUUCAUGAUGUAUUUUUUCUGAGAAAAAAAGGUAAUAAAAUGUGUAUGUGUAAGCAUGUUUCCUUUUAGUUCUUAAAAAAAAUGACAAUAAGGCAGGACACGGUGGCUCACUCCUGUAAUCCCAACACUUUGGGAGACCAAGGGUGGCAGAUCCCUUGAGGUCAGGAGUUCAAGACUAGCCUGGUCAGCAUGGUGAAACCCUGUCUCUACUAAGAAUACAAAAAUUAGCUGGGCAUGGUGGCAGGUGCCUAUAGUCCCAGCUACUCAGGAGUCUGAGGCAGGAGAAUCGCUUGAACUCAGGAGGCAGAGGUUGCAGUGAGCUGAGAUCACGCCCAGACAACAAAGUGAGACUCAGUCUCAGAAAAAAAGAAAGAAUGAAAGAAAAGAAAAAAACCUGCCUGUUCCAUUCGAGACCCGAUGCCUGGAGCCACUUGGUACACUCUACCUGUCCCCCAACAGGGAGGGUGCAGAAGGCUUAUGGUUCCCACCACUUCCCUUGGGGAAGCCAGUACCCUCUGUCCUCUCCUGCUCUUAUGAGUCCCUAUUCCCCUAGCACCCAGGGUUUAUAUCUGUCCCUCCCUGGAAGCACCAAAGACUCAUUCCACAAGAGAACUGCAGGGAAAGGGAGCAACCCCUGGACCUGGAGUCCUGCUAAGGCCAUAUCAGCUGAACACUCCUUGAUCUGCCCCUGUCCCAACCUCACAACCCCUGUGAGGUGAUACCCAGGCCUCUCACAUGGCAGUCGAGUCCCUUCAUGAGUGGCCCCAGUCUUCCCAAUGUUCCCACCCUGCAAGCUCUGCCAGCCUAGAUGACAUGUCUUUCCCUCUUCACAUACUCAGAGUUCCCACCUCCAAUACCUUUGCUUUUCCCAUUCCCACUGCACAGAAGUCCUUUCCCAGCUGAAAUGCCAAUCUUUUCUCUCCCAGUCUCCACUUGCUGACAUCUUAGUCUCCUAUUCAUCCUGCAAGACCCUGUUCACGUCACCUCCCCCAGGAAGUCACCCAUGUUCCUUCCAGCAAGGACAGUCAUCUCUCUUCUGAACCUCAACAUCUAUCUUAUGACUCUCAGUGCCAAGCACUAGGAAUGGCAUAGACCAAGUGUCAAUUCAUGUUUAUUAAACUAUACAAAUUAACAGUGCAAUUCUCCAGAUGAGGAAACUGAGACCCAAAGAGAGACAGCAACUGGCCCAGUGUCACCAGCAUGCAGAUGCCUGCCAUGAUGUCUCUGCUUCUUGUGUCUGUGGGCCUCAUGGAAGCACUUCAGGCCCAGAGUCACUCCAUCACACGUCGAGACCUCUUCUCUCAAGAGAUGCCACUGGACAUGGCCCUGACCUCCUUUGAUGACCAGUACGCUGGCUGUGCCACCGCCAUGACAGCUGCUCUCCUGGAUCUCAACCACACGGAGUUCCAGGCCAACAAGGUAUAUGCAGAAGGCUGGGCACUGGCAAGCAGCCAAUGGCAGGAGCGCCAGGCCUGGGGUCCAGAGUGGAGCCUCAGCCCUACCCGUUCACCCCCGCCACCUCCAGGCUUCCGCGAUGAGCAUGGGGUAGCCCUCCUGGCCUACACAGCCAACAGCCCCCUGCACAAGGAGUUCAAUGCAGCAGUGCGUGAGGCGGGCCGCUCCCGGGCCCACUACCUCCAACACUUCUCCUUCAAGACACUCCAUUUCCUGCUGACCGAGGCCCUGCAGCUGCUGGGAAGGAGGCAGCAUCCACCCCGGUGCCACCAGGUGUUCCGAGGCGUGAAUGGCCUGCGCUUCCGACCAGCAGGGCCUGGGGCCACUGUUAGGCUGGGGGGCUUUGCCUCCGCCUCCCUGAAGAAUGUUGCAGCCCAGCAGUUUGGUGAGGACACCUUCUUUGGCAUCUGGACCUGCCUUGGGGCCCCUAUCAAGGGCUACUCCUUCUUCCCUGGAGAGGAAGAGGUGCUGAUCCCCCCCUUUGAGACCUUCCAAGUGAUCAAUGCCAGCAGACCGGCCCAGGGGCCUGCCCGCAUCUACCUCCGGGCCCUGGGCAGGCGCAGCACCUACAACUGCGAGUACAUCAAAGACAAGAAGUGCAAGUCUGCGCCUUGCCGUCUAGAUAAUUCAGCCAUGGGACAGAGCCCCUUCUCUGCAGUCUGGGCUCUGCUGCUACUGCUCUGGUUCCUCACGGUGAGGCCCUUUCCAGACGGUACAGGCUUCCUUUGAUGCGUGAGACACAGGACAGCCUUGCCCACCACCUCUGCCCAGUCUGAGGAUGUUGGCCAUGUGUGCUUUCAUUGUAACCAAGAUUCCUGGUAACCCCAUCUGCAAGGAAAUCCAGGACCUUCUCUGGUAGCUGUCAGACCUGCUGGGGGAGAAAUAGGAGACAAUCUGGGGACUGAACUUACCCAGGGCUCUAGGAAUGAGACUCUGAAUAAUGGGUUGGGGCCAGUAGGGGAGAUUGGGGGGCACUUCAAGACAGGCAGCAACUCACUUGGAGGUAGAAAGGAUUUUUGCUGAUUUGGGGGUGACUGGAGAGGAAAGCACUUGGCCAUGAUACCUGCUGGUGUUAUUCAGAUGCCUCAUAUGUCCAUGUGCAAAGCUCCCGUUCACUCCUCCAGAAAGCCUUCUCUGACCUCUCCCACUGGGCUGGGCUAGGGACCCUGCCUCUACGCUCCCAUACAGAGCCCUGGAUGCUUCUCUAUACCACGUGUCAUGUCUGUCUGCCAUGUCAGACUGUAAGCUUCCUGAGGGAAGGGACUGGGUCUGAGGCACAGAGGUGGUAUCAGGAAAUGUGUGAAUCUCAGAAAGGAAAAAAAUGCCUAUGAGUGGCUGGUCCCUGCACUGCCCCUGCCUUGGACACUGUAAAGCUCUCAAUGUCUAUGUGUGGGAAUGGGGUGAACAGUGUCUAACUACAGCACACUGAGAGGAGGAAAGUCGGAAAAGAGAGCUCUCGUCCUCUACCA